CAGUUUGCCGCCCCCAGGCCAGUAUAAUAGUCCUAUCACUAUUCACAGGAAACAUGGCACCCAACCGACAGCACAUGCACAGAACUCUCAGCCAAUGGCCUCUCCGCCUCUUUAUACUGGCAUGGUUGACGUCCCCAGCACUAUGUUCACCAUCGGAAGCCCGGCUUUACCAUGAUCUCUUUACAAGUUACAACAAAUACGUCCGGCCAGUUGUGAACGCCAGUGAUACCAUCCAGGUUAAUGUUGACCUCAGCAUCAUAGAUAUACGAGACCUUGACUUCGAAGAAGGCGUCUUGGACAUGAUAUCCUGGGUCUCUUUAACAUGGACAGAUCAUCUGCUAAAAUGGAGUCCUGGCGAAUAUGAAGGAGUGAAUUACCUAAACGUACCUUCCGAAACCACGUGGGUGCCAGAUAUCGUCAUCAGCAACCUAGUAUCCUCACCCGUGGAACUGUCGCCCAGUAGGUUAGUGGUCUCCAGCGAUGGCCGUGUUCUAUUGGUCAAGAUGUACCGCACUCGGACCCUCUGCCGAUCACAUGGAGACUUACCCAAGCACGCGUGCGUGGUAAAAUUCAUGUCCUGGACCUACAAUGGAUUCCAAGUGAAUGUGGAGAGUGAAAGAACAGAGGUGAACUUAAAUGAAUACAUAAUAAACGAACAAUGGAAGAUAAUAGAACGCAAUAUGACCAGAAACGUAGCUUUCUACUCCUGUUGUCCGGAAAGUUACCCAUCCGUGACGGCUGAAAUUAUUCUCGCCCCCAAGCGCGAGAAAAUGCGAGAUGACGCCGUUUCCAACGCUCCACAACAUUUCCCUGCAGACAAAUUAUGCUAUGUUCUGUGCAUGAUUUUCUUGUCUCCUAUGAUGCGUAUAUUUUAACCUUCAGAAAAGUGUUGAAGUAGUUUGAAAUUGGGUAAUAGCACUUUAUAAUUUGGUUUUUACUGAAUAAAGCCAAUA